UGCUGGAACUCGCAUGACCGAGCGUCCCAUUACCCAACACGGCAUAAGUGGGUUGUCCACUUCCUACGGUAGAAUCGGAACGGCCACCGGAAACCGCCAGGUCAAAGAUAAACGCUACUGGCAGGCAGUGCUCCAAAGCAAAAUCCAGGAAAUAUCGCAAGAGACCGAGAAGCUCCUGAAAGAGAAGAAAUUCCUAGACCGGGAGAAAUCCGCUCGCAAACUUUACGAAAAGCGCGUCAAAGAUUCCGCCAAAGAGCUAACCAAGCUGCAGUCGACGCUCACUUCUAUGAACAUCGCUCUGGACAACUGCAGUUCCGGAAUGACACGGCAGCAGCUCCAGAACGAAACGCUGGCCCUUCGAGAGCGCAAUGAGCACAUUCAGGAGCAGCUGGAAAUCGUAUUCAAGCAGCGGCAAAUCAAGGACGCCGAGAACCGUGAACUGGAAGCGGAAGCCGAAAAGGAGAAAAACAAAAUCAAUGAAAUGAUAUUCUCGCUACCAGAUGCCGACCAACAGAAGUACCGGGAAUACCAGGCCCUGUCGGAUAGCCUCCGGCAGCAGAACACUAUCUACCACAACCAGAUCAGUGAACUUGAAAAACAAAAAGAUCGACUCAACACGAUGAUUAUGAACUCACAAACGCGCACGGAAGCUCACCGGUUGAAGUCGAAGCUCAAGGAGCUGAUUGCAAAACGCAAUCAAAUGCGCGACGAAGAGAGCAAUCGUCUAUCACCCGCACAAGAGCGGGAAAAGUUGAUCAACGAGGUUCGUUCAAACAAUCAGGCACUUUCGAGCAUUGGGAAACAGUUGAAGAUUAUCGAAGAUCAACUGAACGAGAAGAAAGAAAUGCUACAGCAGAUUGAUCAGGACUUAGAGGAAGGGAACUCGGAACGACAUAUCAAGUACAAGGAGUUGAAGAAACGGGAUGAAGUAAUGUCCGCUUUUAUGGACUCAUUUCAGCAAAGUCUGGCGGUUGAAAAGCAAAACGUGGAGUCCCUUAAAAAUCAAAUUACAUAUGCCAUUGAGCAAAUAACGAUGCAAGGGAUCAACACCAAAUCGCUGGGAUCGGACAAACUCGACAGUUCUGGAUUCACAGCUAAAAAUGAUCUCAAUUCUCACUCCGGAUUGAUCAAGGAGUACAAGAAGCUAAGCAUUCAGUUGAAGCAACUGCAGAUUCUAGAAAAACGCACCAUCAACCAGCUGACCGGUCUGCGGCAGGAAGAGACAGAAGCGUUGAGUAACAUUCAAAAGUAUAGCAAUCUGGAGGUUCCGCGAUCGGAGGCAACGGUUAAAAUGAGUGAGCUUUCGAGUGUAUUGCAGGAGUUGGAAGAUAAGAAACGUGUCACGGAGAACGUGGUGGAUGAGGCACGUAAACGCAAUCAAGAGAUCAAAAUCAAUCUGAAGAGCAAUGAAACGUACAGACAGAUUUCACACCUCGAGGAUAAGCUCGUCGAUUUGAUCAAGGAGAACAAAUCGCUGCAGACUUUGAACAAAUGC